CUUCCACUUUCACAAUUGUUUAACUUGAUGACGGACUCACCCACUACCUUGGUCGUCCACUGCAAAGGCAACUUUUUUCCACCCCUAUAAACGAUCUGCACGCGGCAGUGCAUUGUCAGCUCAAAGAGCAAUCAUUCCACCGACAAACUCGACGGUUAUCCCAUCACAAACGCCUUCCCGGCCAUCAUGGCUUCGUUUACAUGAGUCCCAGGCUUCCCUAACAUCACGUCUCCCCGCCCCUCCCAUCCAUUACCAACACGUUGGGUGUGUCCCAUGUGGUGAUCUCUGGUCAUGAUGAGCAUCCUGCACCAGCAACAUCAUGGGAGCACCGGCUCGGAGCGCGAGCUCAACUCGGCCGCCUCCUCCGUCAGCCUGCCUUCCGUCAGGAAGACCCCCAAGAAACGCCGCCUUUCCCUUCAGGCGCUCUUUGGCCGGCGGCGGCGGUCUGACCGCGACGCCAAGCGCAAGUCCAGGGCGCCGCCGGACCCGCCCGGUCUCGUCAGCGUGGACAGCGUCCCGCCAGAGGCCGACAGGACGUCGGCGCACUCCGUCCAGGGGGUGCCGUCGACAUCCUCGGCAGCAGGCGCCUCGGAGAUGCUGGAGUGCCCACUGUGCCUGCUGCGGCACACGCGCGACCACUUCCCCGAAAUCAUGACCUGCCACCACCGCUCGUGCGCCGACUGCCUGCGUCAGUACCUGCGCAUCGAGAUCUCCGAGUCGCGCGUCAACAUCUGUUGCCCCGAGUGUUCGGAGCGCUUCAACCCGCAUGACAUCGCCAUGAUCUUGGCCGACCGCGCACUCAUGGAGAAGUACGAGGAGUUCAUGCUGCGCCGGUGGCUGGUGGCCGAGCCUGACUGCCGCUGGUGCCCAGCUCCUGACUGCGGUUACGCUGUCAUCGCAUUCGGCUGCGCCAGCUGCCCGAAGAUCACGUGUGGUCGCGAGGGCUGCGGCACGGAGUUCUGCUACCACUGCAAGCAGCUGUGGCAUCCCAACCAGACGUGCGACACGGCGCGGCAGCAGCGGGCGCAGCACUUCCGCUUGCGCAGUUUCCGCUCGUCGUCACUUAGUUACAGCCAGGAGAGUGGCGCUGCAGGUGACGACAUCAAGCCGUGCCCUCGUUGCGCCGCCUGCAUCAUCAAGAUGAACGACGGCAGCUGCAAUCACAUGACCUGCGCUGUCUGCGGCUGCGAGUUCUGCUGGCUCUGCAUGAAAGAGAUCUCUGACCUGCACUAUCUCAGUCCAUCUGGUUGUACCUUCUGGGGCAAGAAGCCCUGGAGCAGAAAGAAGAAAAUCCUGUGGCAGCUGGGCACCUUAGUCGGGGCGCCCGUAGGCAUCGCCCUCAUCGCGGGUAUCGCCUUCCCCGCGAUGAUUAUCGGCAUCCCGGUUUACGUGGGCAGAAAGAUCCAUAAUCGCUACGAGGGCAAAGACAUCUCCAAGCACAAGAGGAAUUUGGUGAUUGCCGGCGGCGUGACGCUGUCCGUCAUCGUUUCGCCCGCAGUGGCAGCUGUGACUGUCGGCAUCGGCGUGCCUAUCAUGUUAGCGUACGUCUACGGCGUGGUGCCUAUCUCGCUUUGCCGAAGCGGCGGCUGCGGGGUGUCGGCAGGUAACGGCAAAGGCGUGCGCAUCGAGUUUGACGACGAGAACGACAACUUGGGCGGUGGUGCAGCAGUGACAGACACGACGUCAGUGGCGGAGACGAGGCUGAACAACGCCAGCCUGGGCGACGGGGCUAGCGUGGGCGGCCUGACGGGCCUGAGCCUCAGCGUGAGCGGCAGCCACAUGGAGCGCUGCGGCGUCGGUUCGGCCCAGCGUGACAAUAUGAGCGACAACGCCAGCACCACGGCCCUCGCCGGCACCAGCAUAACUGGCAGCCUGUCAGGCAGCUGCUACAACAGGAUGGAGGUGCAGGCAGAUGUCCAGAAGGAGCGCUGCAGUCUGAGUGGCGAGUCGGCUACCGUCAGUCUUGGCACCAUAAGCGACAACGCCAGCACCAAGGCGAUGGCGGGCUCCAUCCUCAGUGCCUACAUGCCUCUGGAAAGAGACAACAGCCUGGAGGUGCAAGCAGACGUGGAGUCCAAAGAGGAGAAGGUGCGACACUGCAGCGUCAGCAGCAGCCUGGAUGGCGCUAGCAGCCACCUAAAAGAGGCGUCCUCCUUGGCGGGGGACAAGAAGAGCAAAGGGAAGCUGUGGAAACGCGGCGGAGGCAAAGCGGAGUCCAAAGUCAACCACAUACACGGAGACGUAGAACGCCGCAGCACCAUCUCGUCCGAAUUGGACUCGCCGUCGCUGAGCGGCAGUCUGCCGUCAGUGGCCGACUCGCACUGCAGCCGCCUGUCGGCGGAGCUCAGCGAGACGGAAGCGCCCAGGGAGGGCGAGCCGAGCGACGCGCCGGCAGUCAUGUCGCUGCCUGAGGUGGAGCACGAUCGCCUGGAGCAGCUGCCGCCUCGGAGGAGCCACCCCACCGCCUGCAGCCAGCACCACACGUCUUCGCCCAGCGAGGUUCUGUAUAUCACCGAAGACGCUGCCUCCGCCGACACUCGUGACUGCACCUCAACAGACAUCUAGAAAAGAAAAGAAAAAAAAACUCGCUCCUCACGAACCGUCUGUCUUAAGUGUCGUUGUGGAAAACAGGAAGUGGAAUGUCACAGGGUUGGUAGUGAAGGGUGGAAGGAGUCAAAAUGGUUUAACCGAAGGUCAACUUGAAUGUACAUGUGCAAGUAAUGUGCUUGCUCUUUAAAAGCAAAGGUGGAGAUUUAAAAAAACCCACAAAAUAUCCACCACCGUGCCACCCAUUCUUACAGGGAGGGACCAUUUAGUAGCACAGUUAUGAGUCAAUACAUUUUUCUUUUUAACAUUUAUUAUUGUAUGUGCAAAAGUGCUUUAUUAUUGCAUAUUUUCCAUUUUUGGGGAAAGUCUUUUUCAAACAUCUCAGCCCUGUGUCGGGUCUGAACCUUUUUUUUUUUUUCUUUAAGUUUACAUAAAUUUGACAAAAUUAUGUUAUCGACAAACUCUAUGCAAAAAAAAAUAAAAAAUCAUGUCACUAAAAAGCGUUUCAUUGCUUCUCGUUUCGCCAAAGUUGUAGUUAAGUUGUGUAGCAGUUGUACAACAAAUGCUUCAUUUGGUCAUUAAGUAUUUUAACUCGUAUUCUCCUUUAAAUGUUUCACAUUUUAUAUCGUCACCGUUUUCGCCCCUUUCGCUCACAAUUGAAUGCAAAUACGCUGUUGCCUUUUGGGGAAAUCUUUUUCCCCUCUUCAUUGUCAUCAAAAUACCAUAAAGGAGCCAUAUCAUGCUAAAUCAAUUUGUCUGGAGCUGUUAAAAUCCCGAUUCCUCAAUAAAUACAUGCCCAAAGUGGUGUUUUCUAAUUAGAUUGCCCUUGUGCCAAAGGUAAUCAUAAAUCUUUAUAUAAUUCGCUUUGGAAAGUUUAAAAUAGCAUGAUACAGCUCCUUUUAAGUCUCCGAAUGCUAACAACAAACGAGGAGUUUAUUUACAGUAACUUUUUUCAUUCUGGAGAAAGCAUAUAUUUACUCAUUUUUGGCUUUGUAAUGUGCAUCCAAAUGCAUAUCUUUAAAGAAUAAAAUUUCUCAAAUCAA